UUUGCUUGGCGCUUUAGUACAUAUUUAUGUUUUGUCUACCGGAAAAAAAUCUAUUUUAUCAUUUAAUUUCAUAAAAAAAUAACUAUUAAUUUGUGAAUUUACUAUAAAACUAAAAUCAAAUGCCAAUGCUUUAAUAAUUAAAUAAAUUGCAAACUUUUUAUUAUAUUGUUCUUGCAUUGUUCUUUUCUAAGAAUAUUUGACUUGAAUUAUGGCCACCAAUGACACUAUUGUUGAUCUCUCUGAAGAAAAUGAUAACACUAACACCGGAACCCUUGCUUAUGGCUCUCAGCCACCAUCAAACACUCCCGAUGCCUUCGAACGCUCUUGCGACAAUCCUGAAUGUUCUGCUCCAAAACUUAUAUCUCAGGUACCAAAACGCGACACAUCUGAAUUUAUUACCGGGCCAAUUGUAAUGGAUCAACCAACUCUCAUAAAUGGCUUCACAACUGUCUUCCAAAUUGAUGGCGUCGGCCAUAGAAUAGAAGAUCUUAUGAACGAAGCUGAAAAUGCUCCCGGUCAAAAUCACAAACCGAAAACUAUUUUUCGUGUUGUACCGAAUACACACGCUCACAUUGUAAAUUAUGUAGUUGUCGAUGCUGCUGGAGAAACUAUGCGAAAGAUUAAAGCAAAUGAUCCUGAAACUAUUCGCAAGUUGCUGGUUUCACAGCGCUUAAGUGCUGAACAAAUGCUUAAGAAACUUAUUGGAAAGGCACUCGAGACUCCACCAAGAACAGAUAAUUCUUUAAGUACUGUUCCAAUGACUGGGGCAGGUACGUUAGCCUCAGUACCUGUUACACAGGGCGCAUUAACUUCCUCCUCCGCUGUAGCAACUACAUCAACUUCUAAGCCAAAUCUAGCACUGAAAGUAGCUCCAGCAGCUAAACUCAUCCCAGCACCUAAACUAGCUUCAGCAGCACUUAAGACAGCUCCAGCUAUUAAACUAGCUCCAGCUGCGAAACUAACGUCAGUAACAAAGCCGACUAUCACACCCAAACCAACUCCAGCUCUUACAACUAAACCAGCAUCUUUAUUAACUUCAGGGUCUACAACAGAUCCUGCAACACCAGCUGCCCCACCAAAGGUUCCGGCCGGCAUCACCAUAAAACUUCUUUCAUCCUCCGAUGCAAACAAAACUCCAAUCUCUUCCACAGCAUCAACAUCAACAGUAACAAGCACUCCUACCAGCAGCCAGAUCUCCAAAACAAUUUCAUCGCUAAUUCAAAAAGGAACAUUAAUCCCAAAACCUGCUGUCCAACCAACACCACCACGUCAACCGCCUGCUGGAAUUGGACGUGUCAUUCCAGCAUCGAAGCCAGUCGUUUGGCAAGCUGUUCCACCUGGAGUUGCAUCGAAAUGCUCACCAACUCCAUUGAAAACUACUCCACCAAGAACAGUUGUUUCUCCACGAAUUAUGCCUUCUGUAACUAUUUCGCCAACAAAAGUGGUGACAUCAUCAAAUCUCAGCAAUUCACCACCGCAACAAUCAGCUCCAGAGUCAUUACAGAAAGAUACAGAAAUGUUGGAUUUGGAAAAAUCUAUUACCACAUCUUCAAUCGCUGUUCGACGAAAUCUCGUCGCCGAUUCCCAAUCCAAUCAACAACAAUCAAAUAUUCUUAAGCGAAAAAUCGAUACUCCAUCACCAACUCCAGAAGUAAUCAAGAGGCUUCGACCAAGAUCUCCAAACAGAGCCCAUAUUAAAACUCCUUUAGCUGGUAAUUUGCCCCAAUCAUCUUCUCCAACUUCGACCAGGAAACUUCCUACACUUCCGAAAUUUCAAAAGCUACAAGUUUCCAAUAGGCCUGCAAUUAAGAGAACGUUAACCGAAAACCUAAAACCUGAGGAGAGCGCAGUCACUACAGCUAAUACAGAUCCAGAUUCAAAUAAACAAGACAGACUAGAUAUAGAGGACGAUAAUAUAUCUAAACCAAGUCCACCAGCAGUAUCGGAGAGUCCUUCGCGAAGGAAAGCUAAACCUCUCAUGGGACCGGCAUCGAAAAUGAAGGCAAUCAAAGCUCUUUCUGUUGCAAGGGCAAAGGCAGAGGAAUUGAAAACGGCGAAAUCUAUGAAAAUUGGAGAAACUAUAAUCAGACGAACUGCAUCUAUGAAGAGCGGCAAGGAUAGCCCUCAACCAGGAAUAACUUUAACAAAGCCUUGUUCGGUUGCAAUAACAGACAUAGUCAAAAGCAAUACAAACACUGAUUCGGAUAGCGAUUCUAUUACAAAAAAAUCCAAGCCAACAUUAAGAUCAUCUUCUGACAGAGAGCAAUUAACUACAGAAAAAUCAAGUGAUUCACCAAUUGAUAAACUUCGUGGGCGUUGGACUAUUAAUAAAGAUGAAUAUAUAAAAUCAAAUAUUUCUAGAUCACCCAGAACAACGAGGUCGAAAGUAGCCAAUACAACAAAAGCUGCAACUACGGAACAUAAUACAGAAGAUGAAAUAUUAGAUUCUACUUUAUUGACUACGCCAUCAGCACCAUCGCGAGUCUUGAGAGUUGUUUUGCCAUCACAAAAAAAUGGCAUUGUUAAUAACCCAGCAACAUCGCCGCAUCCUAAUUUGAUGAUUUCAUCGGUUAUAAGUGGUGGAACACCACUAUCAUCGGCAAGUUUGCCAGAAACUGAUGCUGAAACUAUACCCGUUAUAGUCAAUGAUGAUGAUAACAGUCAACCUGGAAUUGAACAAUUGCAAAAAGAGUUGGCCGAUUUGAGACGCACAGUUGCUAGACUUACUCAAGGAAAAAAAGUAUAAUAAAGUCAUGGGAGAAUCAUAAAUGGACAAAAUAUUUAAUAGUUAUUUUUUUCUUCUUUUGAUUUCUACAUAAUGAAGUAUAUGUAUUUGUAUUGUUAUUUAAAAUAAUAUUUCGUUGCGAAUAA